AUGAAUUCAUAUCACCAUAAUUGCGGCAGAUUUAACAAAAGUGCACGUUCAGAAAAAUAUCAGAAAUUUUCCAAUUUUUACUCUCGAUCUUUGUCUAAAGAUAAAUAUCCUGAAGAAUCUUUAGUAGCCGAAAAUGAUUUUAUUGAAUUGCAUUCGCAUCCUCAAGUCUGUAUUAGUGACAAUGAAUUUCAAGGAACCGAUGAAAAAAGUUCAAACGAUUCAUUAUCCGCCUGCAAUAUAAGUAUUAGCACUGGUAGAAAUAGGGACAUAGAGCAAGGCUUUCAUGAUUAUUCUGCAGAAAUAAAGAAAAAUAUGAAGUAUUCAUCGUAUGUAUAUAACAAAGAAAGAAAUAAUGGCUAUGGAAACUAUGAAAAUCUAUCAUUGCCAACAAAAUUACAACAAAAAUUUCGAAAUUUCAAUGAAAAGAAUACAUGUAAGCCGGUAAAGAAUCUUCAAACAAUGGUAGACAGACAGAGGCUUCAGAAACUUAGGGAACUUCAACGUCGUAGAGAUGACGUUGAGAAAUAUUAUGCUUAUGAAAUACAACGACUUAUCGAUGAUAAACACUUGAAUAUGAAAAUUCCAAAUUCGACAACUAAAAUACCACAUGAAAAACAAUUUUCACAAAAAUUUACAGAAGACCGCACCCCUUCAAAUAUCCAUGAUAAUCUAAAAUCAUGUGGUACAAUAACCACAAUUACACGGUUGGAUUGUGGUUGCAUGGAACAAACAACCCGUCAAAUUUUCACAACAACAGUCGGUCACGUACAAAAACGCAAUUGCGCAAAAGAAAAACAGGUAUACAUGAAGCUAUCCUCGCCAAAUACAAGCUUUAUUCAUUCGACGCCGACGAUAUCAACAUUGGAAAGUAAAUCUUUUGACGAAUACAGAGAUCAUCAUAAGGCUGAUAAAUCUUUUGAUGGAGAGAAAUCAUCGCCUCCAGGUGUAUACUCAAAUUCGUCCACACGUAAGCUUAGUGAGUCAUCCGUCUUAUCACCGUAAAAUCCAGUAGUCGAAAUAUUUAUUUUUCUCGUUAUCUCUACCUCUCUCU